GUUUCCCUGCGCUGCUCGGCCCCGCCCCCUGAGCGUCUGCGUUCUUCAGAGAGAAGGCACCUGGCUGGGAUGGCUUGCUUUCUCACCCUCUGAAGUCCCCCAACCCCUCUCCAGGUGAACAUUGGUAACUUGUUGAAUCUCCUAAGGAAGCCUCUCCUUUGAUAAGGUCCACCAUGGGCAAGAGAUGGGACUCAAACUCUUCAGGAAGCUGGGAUCACAUCUGGAGUGGCAAUGACACACAGCAUCCUUGGUAUUCAGAUAUCAACAUCACAUACAUGAACUACUAUCUCCACCAGCCCCACGUGACAGCUGUCUUCAUUAGCUCCUACUUCCUGAUCUUCUUCCUGUGCAUGGUGGGAAACACUGUCGUUUGCUUUGUUGUAAUAAGGAAUAGGUACAUGCACACGGUCACUAAUUUCUUCAUCUUCAACCUCGCAAUAAGUGACUUACUGGUUGGAAUAUUCUGCAUGCCUAUCACAUUGCUGGACAACAUCAUAGCAGGAUGGCCGUUUGGAAGCAGCAUGUGCAAGAUCAGCGGGCUGGUGCAAGGGAUAUCGGUUGCCGCUUCUGUCUUCACCUUGGUUGCCAUAGCCGUGGACAGAUUCCGGUGUGUGGUCUACCCCUUUAAGCCCAAGCUCACUGUCAAGACAGCCUUUGUCAUGAUCGUGAUCAUCUGGGGCCUGGCCAUCACCAUUAUGACCCCAUCUGCAAUCAUGUUACAUGUACAGGAAGAAAAAUACUACCGUGUGAGGCUCAGCUCCCACAAUAAAACCAGCACAGUCUACUGGUGUCGGGAGGAUUGGCCAAACCAGGAAAUGAGGAGGAUCUACACCACCGUGCUCUUUGCCACUAUCUACCUGGCUCCACUCUCCCUCAUUGUUAUCAUGUAUGCAAGGAUUGGGGCUUCCCUCUUCAAGACCUCAGCACACAGCACAGGUAAGCAGCGCCUGGAGCAGUGGCAUGUAUCCAAGAAGAAACAGAAGGUCAUCAAGAUGCUGCUGACUGUGGCCCUCCUUUUCAUCCUUUCCUGGCUUCCCCUGUGGACUCUGAUGAUGCUCUCAGACUAUGCUGACCUGUCACCUAACAAACUACGUGUCAUCAAUAUUUAUGUCUACCCUUUUGCCCACUGGCUCGCCUUCUGCAAUAGCAGUGUCAACCCCAUCAUUUAUGGUUUCUUUAAUGAAAAUUUUCGCAGUGGUUUCCAAGAUGCUUUCCAGUUCUGCCAAAAGAAAGUCAAACCCCAGGAAGCCUAUGGCCUAAGAGCUAAACGCAACCUGGACAUAAACACAUCUGGCCUGUUGGUCCAUGAACCUGCAUCUCAAAACCCAAGUGGGGAAAACUUGGGAUGUAGAAAAAGUGCAGACAAUCCCACACAGGAAUCCUUGAUGGAGGAAACGGGAGAAGCUACCAACAGUACUGAGACUUAGAAAGAUAGUAUGCUAUCCAAUGUUAUAUAGCAUACGAGUGUGAAUGUGUCUUUAAAUAUGGUGGCUUGUCGUGGCUUUCCAUUUCUCAUAUUCUGAUGAAAACAUUUACUGAAGGCCCUCUUUGUCAAAAAUAAAAGUAUGAAAGUGGUCUUUCUAACCAGCCUUAUGGUACAUGACAUACACAGCGACUUUCGUGUUUGCCUGAAAUGUUUCAACGUCAGACCAUUUCCAUUUUAACCAUUUAUUUUAUGAGUCAAAUAAGUCAAGCACAUGUGUUUGUUUUUGUAAGUCUGUCAUUUUGUCUGUCUCUCUAACCAUCUAGCUUUCCUUCUAUCCUCCAUCCUCUACCCAUCUAAAAUAGUGGUUCUCAAAUUGUGGGUCAUGACCACUUUGGAGACCAAACGAUCAUUUCAUAGGGGUCACUAAGACCAUCAGAAAACACAGAUAUUUACAUUACAUUCAGAAUGGUACCAGAAUUACAGUUGUGAAGUUGCAAUGAAAAUGAUCUAAUGGUUGGGGUCACCACAACAUGAAGAACUGCAUUGAAGGGUCUCAGCAUUAGGAAGGUUGACAGCCACUGAGAACCACUGGUUCAAGACACAUGUUUCCCGAAAUUGCACUGGAUAUACUUUGUAUGGAAGUUCAUUUUGCCAAUUAUAAUUGAUCUUGUAUUUGAAAUUAAUGUGCUCUGCUUUUGAAAUGGGCUCAGCCUUUUAUGAAAAAUAUUGCAUUACCUGAAGUUUUUGCUACUGAUUUCUCACUCCUCAUGAUCAAUCUGGAUUACUCUUAAAGCAAGAUACUGCAAGCCCUUCAGUAAUAAUGUCCCUCGCCAUUUCACUUUAUGUGUUAGACCUUCAGUACCAAGGAAGGGAAAUUGUAUUUCUUACAAUUUAAAAGGUUUUUGUUCCUUUGAAAACUGUAAAGUUAGAGAAAUAAUACUCAAUAGAAGUUAUUGCUAGGGCUAGAGAGAUGGCUCAGUGGUCAGGCCCAUUUGUGUCUCUUGUUGAUUGACUAUCUUUACCCACAUGGUGUCCUUUAUUGGAUGUAGGAUUGGUAAAGAUACUUUCCCAACCUUUUGGUUGCUAUUUUGUCCUACUGACAGUGUCCUUUGCCUUACAAAAGCUUUGCAAUUUUAUGAAGUCCCAUUUGUCGAUUUUUGAUCUUAGAGCAUAAGCUAUUGGUGCUCUGUUCAGGAAAUUUUCCCCUGUGCCUAUGUAUUCAAGGCUCUUCCCCACUUUCUCUUCUUUUAGUUUCAGUGUAUCUGGUUUAUGUGGAGGUCCUUGAUCUACUUGGACUUGAGCUUUGUAUAAGGAGAUAAGACUGGAUUGAUUUGUACCACCCUUCUCUUUUAAAAAGGGACAUCAGAACUGCUCAGCUGUUAUCCUAAGAGUCCCCUGGCAUAUAGACAGAGCAAGGACUCUUUUCCAAACUUUCUACCAGAACCAAUAUUUGAUAAUGUCACACGUAAAUCAAUAGGUCAGCCCUAAGGUAUAAAAGAGACUUAAUAACCCCCUUUUACCAUCAUGCAGAUUAAUGACUUCAAGUGGCAAGUUUAUCUGGGGUAAGAUAGAUUCCCAGAAAGUAGAUCAUUACAACUACAUAGUUUGCUUGGAAAAUGAAAAUAAAUCUGGAUAUUGAAAUAGCAUUACAGUCAUUGAAAUAUUCCUUACAGACAAGACAUUGAAAUAGUCCUUACAGUCAUUGCUGUAGUUCAGGUUGAAAGGUUUUCAACAGUCUGGCAAGAGUUAAUUAUUGAUGUCUGAUAUGAACUGAGUUAUGGCCUGUUCCUGACAUCAGAGUGGCCAAUCCUUUGAACCUUUAGGUUAGGAAUUUCUCCCUUUCGCCUUGAUUUAUUAAAAUUCUGCUUAUUGUCAGUAAAACUGAACAUUACAAAUUAUUCACUAGGGACUAUGUCUUGCUCAUUGUGACCCAGAUGGACAUUUUGCUGUCUAGUACUCAGAACACUUCCAAAGCCCCCAGCUUUCAUCUUCCCACGUGUCCACAGCUCUAUUUCCUCAGUGACUCUUCCUUAAAGGUUGUGGUACUCACUAUUGAAUUAUGUCCUGCUAUGGUCUUGGCACUUUCAGCUCUCUCUACAGUUGGCAUAAUCAUCUUCCUUAAGUAGACAGGUAAUUUGUUUUCCACUCUAAAAUGCUUUUGGACACUCCAUCUAAACAUGUAUGGGCCCCAUGCUAGCCGAGUUCUGCCCUACAUCUACUCUCUGUAUCUCUGAUAAGGAAUAUUUCAUAAACUCAUAUCAAACCAAGGUGCUGAGCCUAGACUGUUACAUGCCUUUUAUUUUCUAUACUUUUCAGUUUUGACUUCCUGUGUUACCAUUAUUUAACAUCUGUCCAAAAGGGCCUCCUCAGGAAGUCUAUCUACAUUCUUAGUGCAAACAACUCCAUCAUCGUUCCAGCAUGCAUUGAUGAUGUGAAAGAACUCUAUCAUUCUUCCAACGCACAUUGAUGAUGUACAGAUAAGAGUAACUGGGAGCAUCAAAGGGAAGGGUGGAGAACACUAAAA